GAGCGGUUUUAUUUCCACUUGGCUGAUUUCUGGCGUCGCAUCAGAGAAGAAGAGGAAGGAGGAGGCAGUAGGAGGAGGAGCUGAGAGCAGCAGAGGGAGCGUCAGGUAGCAGAUGAACAAAUAACCCAGUUAAUCAGCAGCUCCGUAACCAGCUGAAUCCAUAGGAAACAGGCUAACGUGGAUGUGUCUAACCUUUGAGGAGAAGGAGAUGGAGUCUGAAGAGAAUCUGCUGAGUGCUUACCUGCUGCUGCUGCUGCUCGGAUCACACUUCACUCUGGUGGGUCCCUCAACCCCUGAGGAGGGCUGGCAGGUCUACAGUUCAGCUCAGGACUCAGAGGGUCGAUGUGUUUGUACAGUGGUGGCUCCUCAGCAGACUGUCUGUUCCAGAGAUGCUCGAACCAAGCAACUACGACAACUGCUAGAAAAGGUGCAGAAUAUGAGUCAAUCCAUUGAAGCGCUAGAUCAGCGGUCUCAGAGAGAUCUACAGUUUGUGGAGAAGAUGGAAGUUCAGCUGAAAGGUCUGGAAAACAAAUUCAAACAGGUGGAAGAUGGACAUGAGAGCAACAUUGCCAGACAGUACAAGUGUAACUACCGCCCCUCCCCCCUCUUCCCAGCACAAAGCAGAAGGCUCACGUGCGGAGUGAAGCGGAAAAAGAGUGCGAGACAGAGGUCCAUCAAAGCAAAGAUGGAGGAGUUAAGGCCUCUCAUCCCAGUUCUGGAGUCCUACAAAGCAGAUGCACUGUUGGUCCGCCAGUUUAAAGAAGAGGCAGCGAAUGUGACGGAGCUGCUGGGAUCAUUGCAGGAACAGCUCGGAGGUCUGGACUACCAGGAGCUCCACAGCCGGGUGAUAAGCCUGGAGGACCGACUGAAGGCUUGCAUGCAGAGGCUAGCUUGUGGGAAGCUCACAGGAAUCUCUGAGCCAAUCACCAUAAAGACAUCUGGAUCUAGAUUUGGAUCAUGGAUGACUGACCCACUUGCUCCAGCUGGAGACAACAGAGUAUGGUACAUGGAUGGGUACCAUAACAAUCGCUUUGUUAGGGAGUACCAGUCCAUGUCUGACUUCAUGACGACAGACAAUUUCACCUCUCACCGACUUCCUCAUCCCUGGUCUGGUACUGGGCAGGUGGUUUAUAAUGGAUCUCUUUACUUCAACAAGUUUCAGAGUCAUACAAUCAUUAAAUUUGACUUCAGCACAUCGCUCAUCAGCAGAUCGCGACAACUUGACUUUGCUGGUUACAACAAUAUGUACCAUUACUCCUGGGGUGGGCACUCUGACAUUGACCUCAUGGUGGACGAAGGUGGGCUGUGGGCUGUAUAUGCUACCAAUCAAAAUGCUGGUAAUAUUGUUCUUAGCCAGCUAAACCCCAACACCCUACAGAUCAUCCGCAGCUGGACCACCAACCAUCCAAAACGCAGCGCUGGUGAGGCCUUCAUGAUCUGUGGAACCCUGUAUGUCACCAAUGGGUACUCAGGUGGAACCAAAGUAUACUACGCCUUUUCCACCAACUCAUCCACUUAUGAGUACAUCGACAUCCCGCUGACCAACAAAUACAGCCACCUGUCUAUGCUUGACUACAACCCUCGAGACAGAGCGCUCUAUGCCUGGAACAAUGGCCACCAAGUUCUUUAUAAUGUCACACUUUAUCACAUAAUACAGUAACAAUCAAUAUUAACCACUCUCACAUUCAAAAGUAACAACAAAUCAAGACCCCACAAUGUUACUGCAAUCACAGUACACAUGAUCCCUUACACAGGAUGCUCUGUGGGCCUUUACAAAGUAAUGCUCCAAAAUUUUAUACAAUUAAAGAAUAAAUACGAUUUUCCUGAAAACAUUAGAUGAUAUCGAAAUAUACAACUAAAUAAAAAAAUAGAAUAAAUCCUAAAGUACUCUGACUGUUAGAGGGUCAAAAGAAAAUAGAAAAUAGUUAUCAGGUCAGUUUAUUUGCUUCCAGGACAGAGAGUGGUGUAUUAGCUACAAUUAGCUUAGCUCCAUCUGACGAAAAAACACCUUCCAAAAAGCUGAAGGCUGGGUCCCAGAUCCUCUUGUCCACUCAUUCCUCUCUAACAGAAACUUCAUCAUCUUAAAAAAUGACUCACCUGCAUGUGAAAUCUUCAGGGAACUGCUAGCCCUGAGAUAGAAGAGAGCCCAUUCUGAAAGCGGAACCACUAACUUUACAGCCCUUCUCAGUAUAUAGGUAGUGACUUAAGAUUUAGUUUAUUUUUAGAGAAAUAUUUUGAUUGCCAGUAUAGGCCUUUAAGGUGUCAGCUGGUGUACUCAAGAGUAGAACCGGGAUCAAAUCAGGAAACCCGUCUAUGUCAUGCUGUGUUUGAACACUUCAGGUGCUUUUACAUUUUUACACCAGUCCAUUAAAUAUGUCAAAAGAACAUAAGAGGGAUCUAAGAGAGUGUUGGUUUUUUUUCUGUCAUGAUGGAGCUAGCUAACCAAACCAAAUGUUCUCAGUAGCUGUGUCCCAAAACGUCAGCUGCAUCCUCCUGAGGCCGCAUUUGUAGGCCGAUUACGUCACAGCCAGGCGAUGAAGGCUGUCCCAAUUCGUCGACUCCUUCAAAUGCGGCCGACAAAUGCGUUCUUCAUUUCCCCAAAUUUGAAGGAUGGGUCGGGUGUGUCCUUCGUGGCCCACCAUAUCCCAGAAUUCAUAGCGCGGCUCAGCCAAUUCCAGAUUCCAACAAUGGCGGCCGCUACUAAGUUUUAAAAUUACUCUUGUUAAUCUUUCUGGGUCACAAAAUAAACUUUUAACAUAUUUUCAGACGAGAAAGUAGCUGUGUAAACUUCAAAUACCUGCUUGGUUUAUCAAGACAUCGCAUAUUUGCAAAAGUGCUUCGAAGUUUUCGGAGACGUCUGUUACCCACCCGCUCGAUAGCUAGCCGGGGGGUUCAAUGGUCACUAGAGCCGGCGAGAGCAGCGGACUCCCGGCUUCAUCAUUUUCAGACUCCCGCUGUCUUUCGCUACUCAGGUUAAACAUGAUAUAUAAGUCACUCGGAUAACUUAAAAAUGUAAUUGUUUGGCUUUUUUCUGUUUUAUUUGUUCCGGAGUAAAUCGGUUUGGCUGAGAUCAAAGUUAUUAGAUUAUUAGAUUAAAUAAAACUUUAUUAAUCCAUCGGGUGGGUUCCUCCGGGAUUUUCACACAGCUGAAUAAACGUCAAACAGAAAACUGAUUAAACACAGUUGAGAAUUUACACCAGUGUCCUGUUAUAUUUUAGAUAGCAAGGAGCAGACGGCCGAGUUUAUUAAACUCCACCGAGACAGCGGUCACGCAAAUCUGAAGGCUAGACCGUCCGAUUUCACAGCCUCGCACUUCCGGCCUUCUCGGUCUUAGAAGGACCCGGCCCACGUAGACCGCGAAGGCCGGGUCCUCCGAAGGAUGCAGCCGACGUUUUGGGACACGUUUGUGUAAAACUAGGCUAAAAGCUAGCUGGAAUUCUCAGUACUGAAAUACUGCACAAAGCAUUGGACUGUUAACUUAUGUCAUUGACUUCUUUUACUAAAUGUUUCUUAAAAAUUGUAAUUGUAUUUAAAUCAUUAACUUAGUUGUUUGACACAAAUGCACUUAAAAUGUGAAACACAGUGAAAUUAAAAUUUCACAGUGAGAAAACCCAACAUUUUUAGAUUACAUAUUUUGAUGGACACUGAAGAAUGCUUCACAGUUUUUUUAAGAUUUAUUUUCUCUGCGUAAUCUUUUCUGACUGAAGCAAGACCCGCUGUUCUUAUUCUUAUAUCCCUUAAUAUUAUAAAUAAUAAGGUAUUUCUUACUGUUGUGUGUUAUACAGCAAUACAAAUGAUUGCCUGUUUUUCGCAAUACUUCAUUCAGUUUUUAAAUUUAUCAUUGUAUCAUGUGAAAUUCAUUCAGAUCACUGAGCUAUGGGCAUAGUCUAACUAUUUCAACAAUAAGAAUUCCUCUACACACUCACCUGUUGUUCUCAAUAAGUAAUUUGAGUGUUGCCCUGAAUGGUAGUUAUGAACGCACAUGAUGCUUGGCUGAUACAUUGAUGCUAAAAUCCUCUUUACCAUCAAAUGUCUUGUCCAGCAUCAUUUUAGAUUCCAUGACAUCGUGUGAUCUGUCAGACAGAAGAACUCAGUACGACGUUUGUGCAAAACAGAUGAUAUGUACAGAAACUGUAGUCUGUUGGUCUCAGUGAACAUCAGUUAGAUGAUUUCAGUAUCACUGGUCUGUGCAGUUUUUAGGUAUUUGAGGCUAAGCCCAAAAACAAAGUGACUGCCCAAGAGUUGUUCUUCAUUCUAACACCUGAUUGACUGUAAUAGCUUAUUUGCUUUUGUUUUCCAUAUCAGAUGAUUUUUUUUUUUUUUUUUACAGUACUUUAAGUACGUCUUGAUGCAUGCUCAAUCAUCCAGGUAAGUAAAUCUCCAAAAGUAGAUUCUGUUCAUCUGGACGUAGCUACAUUUAGAUGCACAGAAUCAACUUUUGGAGAGUACUUUAAGUAUUUGUCUGUUUGUUUGUUUUACUUCUGUCAUAAAUGUUUGGCGUAAGCAGCAGGUUGUAAUUCUACAGCUCCCUUCAAAUGUGUAAGAUGAUUUAUUCCGUUUUCAUGACCAAUAGCCUUAAUAUGUGAUUGUGCUAUGGAUUUCUUCACCCAACCAUUUUUAAAACAAAA